GUAAGAUGGCCGCGCCGUGGGACCGCUCCCUCCCAGUGGCUUCAAGUCACCCGGAGUGAACCGAGGGGCUGACGAACGUGGCCGAUGUUUCCCUGCGGCGUGCGCGCCGUCAAAGCACCGCCGCUCAGCGCGAUCGGCUCGGAUCACCGCGACGCGCAAUCAAUUAAAUCACCGAUCGGUGAGAUAGGGCGGAUCCGUUAGUAGUUAAUCGGGCUGUCAGUCGUGUUUGUUGUUGUUGCUGCUGCUGCAUGGGCCGUGUGUCGGGGUGAAUGGGAAUCCGGCGUGAACAGCGACCGAUGGUGAAAGAAGAAAGCCCCGCAGCGGAGAUGAGUGCCGGGGUCCCGUAGCAGCCCACUCGCAGAGCAGAGCACCACAGCCAUGUACAACCCACAGCGGCGAGACUUCAUAUCCGUCACUUUGGAUGGUGGCUACAGCAACGCCAAGGCGCCUCGCAGUCAGUCGUGCUGGCGGAGGUGGAAGCGCUUAUCUCGACUGCAGCGGAGCAUCCUUCUCUUCCUCUUCAUUGUGCUGGGAACUGCCUUCGCUGCUUACCACCUACAGGGAGAAUCCCAUCGCUAUGUCUUGGAGGUUCGCACUUUGAAGCCACACGUUCCCGAUGCUGAUCCUGACAGAAAUCCGCAACGCCAGGUCGCCCAGGAACUUAACCCGAAACCCAAGAAGCCUUUGCGGAGGGGCCCACCUGUUCUAAAGCAGGGCCAGGUUGCCAAGCCCUUGGAAGCCAGGGAUCAUGGUUUGGGAGUGAAUUCUUCAAAAUUGAUCGUCGCUGACGGGAAGGAUGAAUCCAAUUUGCAUGGUGCAGUCGCCAAUCAGGAACCUAAUAAGGUCCACAGCCUGAACCCGCGCCAGCAGGCGGUGGUGGAGGCGUUCCUGCACGCGUGGCGAGGCUACCGUGAGUUUGCAUGGGGCCACGACGAGCUGAAGCCCUUGUCGCACUCCUUCAGCGAGUGGUUCGGCCUGGGCCUUACCAUCCUGGACGCGCUCGACACCAUGUGGAUCAUGGGCCUCGAGAACGAGUUUGAGGAGGCGCGGCAGUGGGUGAGCACCAAGCUGAACUUCGCCAAGAACGUGGACGUGAACCUGUUUGAGUCGACGAUCCGCAUCAUGGGGGGACUGCUGGGCACCUUCCACCUCACGGGAGAUAAACUCUUCCUCGACAAGGCUGUCGACCUGGGAAACCGGCUAAUGCCGGCAUUCAACACGCCCUCCAAGGUGCCCUACUCGGAUGUGAACCUGGGGACGGGUCAAGCGCACCCCCCCAAGUGGACGUCCGACAGCUCCGUGGCUGAGGUGACGAGUAUCCAGCUGGAGUUCCGCGAGCUCAGCCACCUCACUGGCGACCCCAAGUACAAGGGCGCGGCAGACGCGGUGACGCAUCACGUGCUGGGGCUGAGCGGGAAGCUGGACGGCCUCGUGCCCAUGUUCAUCAACACGCACUCGGGGCAGUUCUCCCGCUCCGGCGUCUACACGAUGGGGGCGCGCGCCGACAGCUACUAUGAAUACCUGCUCAAGCAGUGGCUGCAGGGAGGCAAGCGCGAGAAGCACUUACUUAACAGCUACUUGGAGGCUAUGAGUGGGAUGCAGAAGCACCUGCUGGGGACGUCGCAGCCCAACCACCUGACGUUCAUUGGGGAGCUCAUCAGUGGGGCUCUCAAGCCGAAGAUGGACCACCUGGUUUGCUUUCUGCCGGGGACGCUAGCGCUCGGAGCUCGGCACGGGCUGGACCCCUCGCACAUGGAGCUGGCUGAAAAGCUGCUAGAGACCUGCUACCAGAUGUACCAGCAGAUGGAGACUGGCCUCAGCCCCGAGAUCAGCCACUUCAACAUGCAGGCGGGCAGUACGCACGACAUCGAAGUCAAGCCUGCUGAUAGGCACAACCUGCUGAGACCUGAGACGGUGGAGAGCCUCUUCUACCUCCAUCGCUUCACCGACAAAGUCAAGUACCAGGACUGGGGAUGGGAGAUCUUCCAGAGCUUCCAGAGAUACACACGGGUCGCCACGGGCGGCUACUCCUCCAUAAACAACGUGCGGAGCCCCUCCAACCCGGAGCCCCGCGACAAGAUGGAGAGCUUCUUCCUUGGCGAGACGCUCAAGUACUUCUUCCUGCUCUUCUCCGACAACAAAGCGCUACUCUCGCCCGACAAGCAUGUGUUCAACACCGAGGCGCACGCCUUCCCUAUCCGCACGGAGGGCUGAGGCGGAGCAGUGGGACGGCUCCUCCUGUGGGCCGGUGGGGCCACCAAUCUGCCCGCACACCCGAACCACCCAACCACCCACCCAUCCACUCUGUGGUGCCCAUUUGUGGCACCAAUGUCUCACGUGUCGUUGUCAUCGGGUUUUCAGAAUCCCCAUGUCUUGUAUUGAGUGGAUGGAGCACUGGUGAAUGCUGUGGUGCAUUGAGGAUUCUCGAUUGGGAAUGUAUUGUGUAGCCAUAUCAAUAUUGCUCCAAUUUUAUCCAUUUAAGCUGGGGUGCUGAUUUAACAGUAGAAUCUGAUGUUUUGCCUAAAGAGUGUUAAUUCCUAAAUGUAAUAAUACAAAUAAUAUGCUCCAUUAGAAGAGGGAAAUAACCACAGCUUUGGUGUCAUUUCUAUUUUAUCACAGAGGGGUAAAUGUAAAUUAAUGCUAAUCAUCUCCAGUACUGUGAAUGUAAUAACACUACUGAAAGUGUUAGCUUCUUUAAUUUAUGGUGAGAAUGUUAUUCAUUGCCCAUUACCAGUUUCGCUUGAUUUAUGAGUGUACAUCGUACCUGUAAGGCACUUAUUUCUUCCAGUUUGUGAAUAUUAAACCAUGUUGGUUUUUAGAUGGUCCAUAAUUUACAGCAAUUUGUAAAUGUACUACUGCACAAAGGGCUGCUCGAGGCAUGUUGAUCAUGGGCGUUGUUUAACAUAACCUCGCCGUGCUGGUUAGUCAAGUGAUGGGGAGGGUGCCCAGGACCUGUUAAGAUCUCACUCGCUACUGUGGCCAGGAAUCUGACUCAAAUCGUCAGGUUUAUACAGUAAUGCGUAAACCACUGUGUUACCGCUUCACCCCUUGCCAUGUGAACUUUCUCACCUGAAAUGUGCCCAUUCUCAUCCGAUCUUAGAAGCUAGGCAGGUUUGAGCCCGGAUAUUAUUUGGAUAGGUGAACACCAUGCACAAACAAGUUUUUGUAGGUCUGCCAGGCUACACAGUGAGUAGCACAGCAAAAUCGAUUGUUGCGCUGUACUUCUAUGCUCCCACAGAUAUGCUCCCUGCCUUCAAACCACACUGAUAAUGGUGGUGAGGUAUGGUCAAACAGCCCCCACCACUCUUGACAACACAGGAGGACCAUCAUCCAGCAGUGGAUUGACAAAGGGCCAUGCAUACAAUACCCAAAUGUCUUCAAAUAGUGAUUCCUCACUCACCACUUUCAUAGAUGUAUACAUAUGGGCACAUUAGCAUGCCGGAGUGCUCUAUUAACCCUGAACCGGUUACUCCAUGUGGGUGGAAUGGAGUCAUGAUGUUAGCUUACGGUACAUGAAUAUUUUUUAUUACUUGACAAUGAAUCAAAAUUCUUACUGAAAUCCUUUUAAUGUCAAUGUCAAGGUGUCUAGUUAAUUUUGGGAGUGGUUGUUGGCCAGUUUAUUUCUGUUUACUUAAUUUUUUACGGGCAAAAAAACGCCUAUGUUCUGUGAUUGCACAUGGGCACUUGAGUUUCAAAUCCAACACUUUCUGUAAAUUAUAAGAAAAUCCAUCGGGCAAGAAUAAUCCAGCUUGGGUUUUUUUCCUUCCCCAAGCCUGCCCAGCACCUUUCAGCCAAAGUUUUGAUCACUUCCCAUUGGGCUUGUAUUACAGUGCCCAUAAUUGCUAGAUGCAAUCGUUCAUGCAGCCUGCAAAGAGACACCACCGUGGCCCAUGCCUGUUGCACUUUGCCGAGUUCAAACUGAACGCGUUGGUAGCACAAGAGAACCCGAGGCAUUGUGCAAUGGCAAACUUUCCGAAAGUCGACCAGGCAUAUAUGAACACUAUGUGUUUGGGUGUAAAUAUUUUUCGGUCAUUUUUGUGCAUGCUACAGUGGAGGCAAUUGAGAUCGAUAUCUCGACUCGAUUGCCAUUCUGUUUGCGUGUUCCCAAAUGUCAUUUCAGCCAACGUAAUACCUGCAGCGACGGAUAUCGCAGCACCGCGUGAAAUGUAACGGAAAUGUCUUUUGUUGUCACAAGUCGUCUUUUAUUGUGGUAGCCCUGUGACAGCUUUUCAUUGGUGGUGAUGAGGUGCGAUGUCGUGCCGAAUUUGGAACUGGCAGCUUUGCAGCCGAGCAACGAGCGUUAAAUUUCAGACGCAAUGAUUUUUCUGCGUACAUUUGAGCCACGCUUGAUUAUAGCCAGCGAGGUUUUAAACCCUUAAUUGCGUGCAACUAAUAAUAACAACCUGUAGGAAGCGUAAUGCAUACGCCUUGCAUGAUGUGCCAAGGCAAUGGUUUACAGCGAUCAGUCCUGAACAAUCAUAAAACAAAAAUUUAACCCUAUACCAGGAGUCCGCAACCAAAACAACAAGAGGAGAUAUUUUUUUUCAAAUUCGGUCAAAUUUCCUCAAUCUCAAGAGCCGGCAAUGCUUGUGUAUACGAGACGGUGAUCUCCUUAAUAAAUGACGUUCACGAGGCAGUCCUUAAAUAGGCCGCAUGCUGCACCGAAGCCGCAGGUUGCCGACCCCAGCCCAAUACAAACCUAAAAAUAACCCCUUGCCUCUCUACAAUCGAUCUAUGUCAAUAUCAUGGAUUGAUUAACACUUUUAGCGACAUAAACUAAUGAGCAAAUUAACAUUGGCGAACUUCUGUGCAGGGGAAGGGAGAGCAAUUAUGCAGAAAUGUUAAGUGGGUGCAUCAUUCUGAGCUCGGGAGGAUGUCAUUCAAUAUGGCUUUGAUGUCCUGAACUGACAGCACAUCGUGUUUCACAAGUAACAUUCACUGUAUAUACUAUACUUGAUUACAAUUUAUAAUCCCACAGCUGCGAAAUGUCAAAUUAUAUAAUUGAGUCUGUGCCAGAUGGUUUAAAAGAAUAAGAUGAGUUCAAAGAGAGCAUUAUAUGUUGAUUUUAUUUUUCUAAGCUCACGGGUGCAGUGCUAAAAGUGAUCUGUAAAUUAAUGCUGUAUAUAAAGGUGUGCAAUUCAUUCUAAUGUGGCUGGGUGUGAUGUUCAUGUAAUUGCUUUCUCUGUACCUUAGAUUUAAAUUUGUUGGGAUCGACUGCACUUGUAUAAUGAAUUUACCCGUCAAUUAAACUAACGUAAGACUUCAUGAAAUUGCCGGAUCCUGCGGGUGUCAGGUUUCCUGCAACUCGUGUCCAACUGAAUUCACAGUGGGCAUCCAUUGAUAAAAAUGUACACAGGUGAAGAGGUGGUGGAGCGGUGCGUGUUUACAGGUGUGAGCACUGCCGGUACGUUCACGAAUAAAGACUUCUGUGCUUUGUUCUGCUCA